UGUUGGCCCAAGCACACACAGGGGGGCGUGUGUGUGUGUGGGGAAGCACAGAUGUCGAAUCUCCGUGGCUUGUGCGCUGGCUGCCGGAGUCCUUUGACUGGCGCGCUGCUCGCGAGCGGCUGCAACCACGUGUUUCACAAGGCUUGCUUCGUGGAGGGUGCCAGCUGCGGCAGGUGCAAUGCCACGCUGACGAACGCCCUGAGCCUCUACAAUUUGCACUUUGAAGAGCUGGAGGGCCAUGCGGCCGACGUCAUGGCGGCUGCAGCAAAGCAGAAAGCGUCACUGGAAGGCCUAGUUGAUGCCGAGGAGGCCCUCUUUGAAUGUGAGCCGCUUGGAGAGGAUGCAACUGCCGAAGUGGCCACCAUCCACCUGAUGCGCGAGCGGGUUGAGAAUUUGGAGCAGCAGGUGGAGGAGGCGGACGCCAAGCUGCAGGCGGGUCGGGCGCGCCUGGUGCGGCAGCAGACCAGGCUCCGUGCGCAGCAGAAAGUGGAGCAGAAGCGCGAGGCGAGCGUUGAAUCGCUGAGAAGAGAGAUCCAGAAUCUGGUGGCCAAAAAGGAGCAGAUGGCCAGAAACCUCAAUGAGUUGAGGCAGCGAGACGCCAUACUGGACUACAACGACUUGAUGAAGCAAGGCAAAAAUGAUGAGGCGUUGCACUUGCUCAAUGUGAUAGUUUCAAUGAAUCCGAAGCCGUGGAUGACACUGACGCAGGUUUCGCGUUUGCGUGAUUAUUAUCGCAAGCAGUGCGACCACUACGAGAAGGAGAUAGCGAAGGCAGACCAGCGAGAGAAGCGAGCCAGGCGAGAGCUGGAAGAGCUGCAGAGGACCCGCAAGGAGCUCCAAGGUCAGCUGAAGAGGAAGCUGACCGCUGUGCCAACUAAUUAGGAACAUGCAG